UGUGUAUUAUGUAAAUGGAAUUGUAAUUCUGGAGACAGGCCAGCAUGCAGGGAGAAAUAAAGUAUUUUUUAUUGAAUAUGUCAAUAAGUAAAAAUAUAUUUUAAAAGGUUAUUGAAUAAUUAAGUAAUAAUAUCAAUAAGGUAUAUUUUACAGACGAUAGGAUGUGUCAAAUAGAUGUUGUCUAGUUAGCUAGCAGAUAGAAGUUUAAUGGUUCUACUCUGGUGCAACCCCUUGCCUGAAACAUUGCACUUAGACGCACAUCUUCAUGUACCAGAAGUGCUGGAGUGUCGCCAUAUGACUUAUUAACCAACAAAUCAAUUGUAAUAUGUUAAGUUUAAAAAAUUUGUUUCGAUAAAGUAAAUAUUUACAUUUUGAGAUAAUUGUCACCGGCCCUUUCCCAUAACAUGCAUUACACUUAGGGACACAUCUGCAAAUACAGCUGGAGAGUUUCCAUAUGGCAUUAGAGCUGUGACUACUGGAGCAUUGAAGGACUUGGCAGACACUGUGAAAGUUGAUCAAGACUGGUAUCGAUUCUUCGAGAGUUCCGGUGCUGAUAUACUCGCAAGAAGCAGUCGUGUUUGGGGCAGCUUUCUACACCUCUGUGCCGGCAGAUUUGUAAGAUUGGAAGUUGUUUCAGUGUGGAGUGAGAUAGACACGGUGUAUUGUUAGGUAAAACUUGCCCUUUGAUGUCACGGGUAGUUCUCAUUAAAGGUAAUGAGACAUGUAGAUGUUCAUAAAAGAUGGUUCGAAAUUCCUGUAAAAUCAAAUAAAUAUGUCGUUAUAAUCACCGCUAUUUCCAUUUUGAAUAAUGUGCUAGAAUUUUGUUUGGACGAGGAAAUUCCCAUAGCUUUAUUAAUUGUAGUUUGACUUGCAAGCUACUUUAAGACAGUUUAGUGGUUUUACUUAAAUACCUACUCGUGUUAGAGACAAUGCAUAUAACGGCAAUUUUUCAUUGACCAAUUAAGCUUAAAUAUUGCCAUAUGACUUGAGAAGAAAUAAAGAUAAUUUGUAACUAGUUAAAUUCUUAAAAGGUUUGUUUAUAAUAAAUAUUCACAUUUUGCUAUUUGACUGUUGUUCUGCUAACCCUAGUGACCUUUCAGUAAACCCUUGAAAAUGAAUGCUAGAUUGGUGUCGAACGUUGUGAUGGUGGAUAAUGUCGGAAUGCGGAUGGUUGUGUAACAUUGGUGAACAGUUUGUGUUGGGAAGUUGCAUGAUGGAGCAUUGGGACACAUCUGCAAAUACAGCUGGAGAGUUUCCAUAUGGCAUUAGAGCUGUGACUACUGGAGCAAUGAAGGACUUGGCAGACACUGUGAAAGUUGAUCAAGACUGGUAUCGAUUCUUCGAGAGUUCCGGUGCUGAUAUACUCGCAAGAAGCAGUCGUGUUUGGGGCAGCUUUCUACACCUCUGUGCCGGCAGAUUUGUAAGAUUGGAAGUUGUUUCAGUGUGGAGUGAGAUAGACACGGUGUAUUGUUAGGUAAAACUUGCCCUUUGAUGUCACGGGUAGUUCUCAUUAAAGGUAAUGAGACAUGUAGAUGUUCAUAAAAGAUGGUUCGAAAUUCCUGUAAAAUCAAAUAAAUAUGUCGUUAUAAUCACGGCUAUUUCCAUUUUGUAUAAUGUGCUAGAAUUUUACUUGGACGAGGAAAUUGCCAUAGCUUUACUAAUUGUAGUUUGAC